AUGAAGAAAGCGGUUAAAGAAUUUAUUACCCACGCCGGCAGCCGGGAAACCGGUGAAUCCGGUCUAAGGUCCCCAAUCGUAUGUGGGGGGGACUGCAAUCGCUCCGUGGGCUCCCAGAGCUCCCGUCAACCCGAAUUGGACACGGCGUCAAACGCCAACACCGGAUGUGACUCUCGCGCGUCAACACCAUCUGCGCUUUCCGAAGCGCGGGUGGUGUUGGAGCGCCUAACCCCUGACAUGACUCCAGCACCAAGUGCUACUGAUGCUGUCCCUGGGCCAAAAACCCAGAGACGGACCAGACGAACCGGUCCUAGCCUUGUUUCAUCCUCGGAUGAAACAAGUAGUCUACGGACCGUAUGCUCCAUGGAGAGCGUGGCCUCCCUCCCAGAGGGCACACUGUGGCGUAAGCGGAAAACAGUCGUGCUCUCGGACCCGUCCUCUGACGAGGGGGACCGAGCUUCGGUAACGGAGCUCGGUUCACCCGUCAUAAGGGCGCGGGCCAAGCGAGGUAGAGGCCGCCCUCCCACCACUGGGGAAUACGUCGGCCUUGCCAGGGCCAAAGCGGAGCUCAACCGCGCCAUGCGGGAGGAGCUCUUGCUUCAGGCCGAGAAGGAGGUGGCCGAAUCGGCCAAGAAGGUGUUCUGCCUCAGAAGCUCCGGCUCACUGCCGGAGACAGAGACGGAUUCUGCGGGACCCGAUUCCGCUGCAAAACCUGGUACAGAGACGGUCGCCGAUCUGUACCAGAGGGCGAAGGACGCAGCCGCGGUUGUGGAGAACGUGGCUGCCAAGUCGGGUCGUCUGAAGGGCACCUUCGUCCGCGCCCUCAAAGACUCCGCGAAGCUGAUCGUCCAGGUCCUGGACGUUCUCCGCUCCACGACGGCGAACGAGGAGACGCGCAAUCUGCAGGCCCAGAACUCUCGCCUGCAGAAAGCGCUGGACGAUCAGCAGAAGGAAAUUGAGAGCCUUCGGCUGGAGAUGCGUCAGAUGAGAGACUCAUUUGGCGCGUCUCAAAAGACGACGCAGCCAGCAACAGCGCCUGCACCUCAGACGGAGAUGCCAUCUGUCUCCGAGAGCCCGCUCCCGGAGCCGGCUCCCGUUGUGGUGCGCGCCAAGCCGGCCAAACGAAAGGACCCGCCGCCGCCGGAGAGCAGUCGAGCCGUGUCCGAUAAGGACGAGGACCUUGCCGCGCGGAUCAUUAGCCAAGUUGGCUUUUUGGUCGACGCGAAACUGGCAGGUCUGGAGGACAGGCUCCUGCCUCCGAAGGUGAUACGUCCACCGCUUGCGGCGGACCGCAGAAAUGCGGCAACGUAUGCGGCUGCGGCCAGGACUCCCGCUGUAACAGCGAAGACCCCAGCCGUAGCCGCUUCCAAGGCGACAAAGGCGACUGCCACCGCAGCCGGCACCUCACGUGCCACGCCGCUUGCGGCCUCCCAAGGCCCAGCCGCGGCUGCUAGUGGCCUCACCUCUAAACCUCCCCCUAAGAAGAAGAAGAAGAGGGGUUCUAGGGGGAGGAAGAAGAGUAAGAAGAAGGCAGGGACCGGCGGCCAAGUUGAGGCCCAAUCCCCACCUUCUGGGUCUGCUGGCGAUGGCUGGACCACCGUCGGCCAAGGCCGGAGGAAGAAGGCGGCUCCCCAACAGCCACAACGCCCCAAGGUGCCUAAAAUGCGCACGCCCCGCACAGCGGCGGUUGUGCUGCACUUGCAGCCGGCGGCAGUGGAGGGUGGAACCACCUAUGCGGACGUCUUGAGGGUGGCUAAGGCUAAAGUCAAUCUCCAAAGCCUGGGGAUAGCCAACCUCAAGAUCCGCAAGGCGGUGACCGGCGCGAGAGUGCUGGAGCUCGCGGGCGCCAUGAGCGCCGAGAAGGCCGACACCCUGGCUGCAAAGCUCAGGGAGUCAGUGAGCGGGGACGUGGUGAAAGUCUCCAGACCCAUCAAACGCGCAGAUAUGCGCAUUGUGGGUUUGGAUGACUCCGUCACCGCUCAAGAUGUGGUGGAGGCAGUGGCCACGGCCGGCGGAUGUGCGACGGACGCCAUCAAGGCCGGUGUCAUCCGCGAAGGCGCGGGUGGCAUGGGCUCUCUGAUGGUGAGCUGCCCUGUAGCAGUCGCUAAAAGGGUGGCUAAGGGUCGCCUCCUGGUCGGCUGGACCUCUGCCCAGGUGAAAGUGCUGGAGCCGCGUCCGCUGCGGUGCUUCCGAUGCCACGAAACCGGACAUGCGCACGCCAUGUGCGAGUCCGAGAAACGGACCGAAUUUACAGACGACAUUGGCGACGAAAGUGGAAAUGAUUGCGCGCGAUCUGGAGAAGAGAAGGCUCUGCCUGCGGAUUCCACCAAUCCGGGGGCGGCCCUCUCUUCUGUUGUUGAAAGUGGUAGCUGCUCUGUUGCGGCUGCAACGCCCCGGAAGGGGAUAGGGAAGCGUGGGUUAGUGAAAGACCCAGAACCACUGUGUCCUAGCGGCAAGGACCAGGGGUUGAAGGCUCAGGCACCCAGUACAUGCAGAGGUAUGACUGGAGGAAGUCUGGAGAAAGGGGAGAAAGACCUGAAAAGGCCAGGCGAGGGGACGGUGGUGCUCAUGUCGGAGUCAGAAUCUGACUGCUCCGGGAUGGACACUGCAGUCUCCUUCUCUGAUGGAGGAUUCGUCGCUGGUGAUAGGCGGCGUAAAAAGAGAAGUGCCCCGGAGGCGGAUAGCAGUGGCGAGUCGUGUGCUAGCUCUGUUAUUGCUCCAAAGAGCACUGCUAAGCGAGGCAGAGGCAGACCGCCCACCACUGGGCACUACGUCGGCCUCGCAAAGGCCAAGGAGGCUCUGGUCAGCGCCCAACGAGCUGAACUGGAUUUGCUGGAUGAGACAGAGGUCCUUCAAUCGACCAGAGAGCUCGCAACUGUGCCCGCGGACUCUCUCGAGAAAAGGGUGGAGAGCGGCGUCAAAGUUAUCUUGGAGGUCGCUCGAAGAUCAAAGAAUCUUAAGGGCACGUUCGUCAGUGCCCUUAAGAAAGCUGCCACGCAGAUCGAGCAAGCCGUGGCAGCAUUGUCAGAGAGGACCUGUGACGAGGAGGUGAAGGUUCUGCGCUCCGAAAACGCAGAGCUACGCAGAAGGGUGGAAAGUCUCGGCGAGGAGAUGUUCAAGCUCCGUGAGGACCUUGGACGUCUCUCCGCGGAGCGUUCACGCUCCGUUACGUGCGUUCCGCAACCGGAGGAAGGGAGUAUGGCGGAUCAGCGGUCAGCCAUAUUGAGUGAUAUCGAUCACAUGAUCGAUAUCAAGCUGGCCAGGCUGGAAAGCCGCCUGCUCCCACCGUCGGCGUUCCGUCCGCCCCUGCAAGCGGACCUGAACAAGCUUGCUCCGCAGGCAAGUGGAGCCAAAGCCCCAACUGCCAAUGCAGUCAAAGCCUCAACUGCCAAGGCAGCCAAAGCUCCGACUGCAAAGGCAGCCAAAAAGGCAGCGAACACGGCUGACCCUCCCACCCCAACGCCCACACGCGGCAAAGCGACCCCUUCACAGGGAACGCAGCCACCAGUGGAGACGUGGAGCGAGGUGGUGCGGAAGGGCAAGAAGGGCAAGAAGGCGCGCAAAUCCGAAGCCGCACCCACAGCCCAGACUACUCCCAGCCAGCCUCCGGCGAGCCAUGUAGGCACUACAAGGCCGCGCGGAAAGGCAAGGCCGAGUGAGGUGAGAGGCAAUGGGAAGGCUAAGGCUCUCUUGCGCCCUCCAAGAUUCGCGGCGGUUACCCUGACCUUACGGCCAGAAGCAAGUGAGGAGGGCAUGACAUAUGCCAAAGUCCUCACAAAGGCGAGACUAGAGGUGGAUCUCAAACAGCUUGGCAUCGAGGGUCUCCACUUCAGAAAGGCUGCCACAGGAGCUCGGGUCCUUGAAAUCCCCGGAAAGGAGAGUGGGGACAAGGCCGAGCUCCUCGCAGCGAAGCUGCGAGAGGUCCUCCCGGAGACGGUAAGGGUGGCUCGCCCUAUGAGAUGCGCUGAUGUGCUCAUCUCGGGGUUGGAUGACUCUGCCUCAGCGGAGAGUAUCACGGCUGCAGUGGUAGAGGCCGGGAAAUGCUCUGCUGAGCACGUCAGAGUCGGGCCUAUAAGAGUCGGGGUAUUUGGCGUGGGCAGCGCGCUCGUAGAGUGCCCUGUUGAAGCGGCCAAGAUGCUGGUGGACAGUGGACGACUCCUAGUCGGAUGGAGCGCAGCCCGAGUGCGAGCACUGGGGCCUAGGCCAAUGAAGUGUUAUAGAUGCUUCGAAAUUGGGCAUACUGGGCUCCAGUGCCAAUCUCCAGUAGACCGCAGCCGGAACUGCUUCCGAUGCGGACAGGAGGGACACAUGUCGUCGACAUGUACCGGCGACCUCCACUGCCCCAUUUGCAGGGCUGCAGGGAAACCUGCAAACCAUGCAACUGGGGGUCGGAAGUGCGCUCGGCCGAAGCGUGGCAAGAAAGGGACUGCCAGGACCCCAGCCCCUAGCCAAAUCUCGAGGGAGCCGCCACAGGAGGACUUGGUCAUGCAAACCAUGUUGCAGAGGUCCAUCGACGUAUUGGUCAUCACGGAGCCAUACUACGUGUCUCCCCAGCCCAACUGGGCUGGUGACCCGCGGAACUCCGUGACGAUCACUGUGGCGACCGGUCCGGGCUCCUUGCCCCUAUCUGUCCGGGAUAGAGAAGUCGGAUUUGUCUCCGCCUAUUGGGGCGACAAUCUGAUCUUCGGGGCUUACUUCUCUCCCAAUGCUCCUUUGGCUGAGUACCAGUUGUUCCUGGAUCGCCUGGGAACCGCUGUCAGGAGAUCGACUCAGUCCAAAGUGAUUGUACUUGGUGACUUCAAUGCCCAUAGUACAGCAUGGGGAUCCCCGGAGACAGAUGACCGCGGUGAGGCGGUAGAGGAGUGGGCGGCAUUGUGCGGUCUUGUGCUGCUCAAUUGUGGCUCAACCGAUACGUGGGUGCGACGGCAGAGCGGGUCCAUAGUGGACUUAACGUUCGCUAGCCCUGCCCUAGCAUCGCGCGUGUCGAACUGGCGGGUUCUGGAUGAUGUGGAGACACUCUCGGACCACCGCUACGUUACGUUCGAGGUCUCCACCUCAUCCGGGGAUAACAUCUCCCGGCGGGAAGACAGACCAUCGGUUUUCCCGAGGUGGUCACUCGUGCGCCUCAACGAGGAGCUGCUGGAGGAGGCUGCGAUUGUCCAGGCAUGGACCAUGCAGCCCGUAGAUCCGGCAGAGGUACACGAGGGAGCCCUCAAAUUCAGAGAGGCCCUGACACGGAUGUGCGACGCGGCUAUGCCUCGAGCCAAGAGGCGGCCCCCAAGGCGAGCGGUAUACUGGUGGACUCAAGAUAUAGCUGAUCUGCGCGAAGCUUGCGUUGCGGCGCGUCGAGAGUUCACCAGAUACCGAAGACUGCAGAGUCGCAGCGAAGAAAGGGAGGACCUGCUGCAUAACAUCUACAGCCAGUCCAAAAAGUCCCUUCAACUGGCCAUCAGCAGGUCCAAAACCCUCUCCAGGCAGGAGAUGCUGGAGGAUCUUAACAGGGAUCCGUGGGGACGUCCGUACCGUGCGGCGAGAUGCAAAUUUCGCCCACAGGCGCCCCCGAUCACGGAAACCCUGCAGCCUCAACUGUUGGAGGAUGUAGUGACGGGUCUGUUCCCGGACAGCUCCGAUCACACCCCACCAACCAUGGCGGAUUCCCUAGAGGAAGAGGCCGAAGAGAUCCCUCCACUGAGGUCGCUGGAGGUUCGCGCUGCCGCGAUGAGGUUACGGGCCAAAAACACCGCGCCCGGACCUGAUGGAGUCCCGGGUCGGGUUCUGGCAUUGUCGUUAGACAAGUUGGGGGCUCACCUAGCCGAGCUUCUCGACGCCUGUUUGGCGACGAGCCAGUUCCCGACGUGUUGGAAGGAGGGUCGGUUAGUCCUUCUCAAGAAGGAUGGGCGCCCUGCGGAGUCACCUUCUGCAUACCGCCCCAUAGUGCUAUUGGAUGAUACGGGAAAGCUCUUCGAGCGUAUCAUUGCCUCCCGUAUCACCCAGCACCUAACCAACACUGGCCCUAACCUGUCGGACAACCAGUUCGGAUUCCGAGUGAGCCGAUCGACGAUCGACGCGAUCACACGCGUCAAGGCUCUCUCGGAAGAAGCGGUCGACUCUGGCGGCGUGUUGUUGGCGGUGUCUCUGGACAUCGCCAACGCUUUUAAUUCGCUGCCAUUUGGGAGUAUUCUGGAGGCGAUCCGAUUCCACCGGCUUCCCCAAUACCUACGGAGGCUGAUUGCAGUCUACCUGCACAACAGAGUGGUAUUGUAUACAGGACAGGAUGGCUCUCUACAUCGACGGGCUGUCGGAUGCGGUGUUCCACAGGGGUCGGUCCUAGGUCCACUUCUGUGGAACAUCGGGUUUGACUGGACCCUGCGGGGUGAUCUUCCCCCAGGCCUUAGCGUUGUCUGCUAUGCAGACGACACCUUGGUCACGGCACGAGGGGAAAAUUAUGAGGAGGCGGCUGCGCUAGCUUCAGCUGGCGUCCAACAAGUGGUGGAACGGAUCGAGUCGUUGGGCCUAAAGGUGGCCCUCAACAAAACUGAGGCUCUGUGCUUUCACGGUCCUCGGAGGGGGCCACCCGCAGGUGCCAGCAUCGUGAUUGGCGGUUGCCGGGUCGAGGUAAAGUCUCAGAUGAAAUAUCUGGGGCUUUACCUUGAUCCGAAGUGGAACUUCCGAGAGCAUUUUCGGAGAUUAGCUCCUAAACUAAUCAGUGCCGCAUCUGCUCUCGGAAGGUUACUGCCGAACUUGGGAGGCCCGAGCGUCACCUGCCGUCGCCUGUACACGGGCGUAGUUCGGUCCAUGGCGCUCUAUGGUGCACCGGUGUGGGUCGGGGCUCUGACUGGCCCGAACAAGACCAUGCUGUUUCGUGCGCAGCGGGUCAUGGCAGUCAGAGUCGCCCGAGGAUACCGCACAAUUUCACACGAGGCGGCCUGUGUCCUCGCGGGCACACCUCCGUGGGACCUAGACGCCGAAGUUCUUGCGGAGGUCUACGAGAGAUGCGCGGUGGCUAAAGCGCAGGGAGAUGGUCCAGAUCCCGAAGACCUGGCCCGUUGGAGGAAGCGCGCUCAACGCAAUCUGCUGCGAAGGUGGAGGCAGCGAUUGGAAGAGCCGUGCGCUGGCUUGCGGACCGUGGCGGCUGUUCGCCCAGUCCUGAAGGAGUGGGUGAACCGACGCCACGGCUCGCUCACCUUUAGGCUGGUGCAGAUCCUGUCGGGGCAUGGCAGCUUCGGCAGGUAUCUGUGCCACAUAGCCGGCAGGGAGCCGUUGGCAGUGUGUCACCACUGCGCUUGCAGUGACGACACCGCUGACCAUACACUGGGGGUCUGUCCAGCAUGGGCGCAACAGCGAGCGGUGCUCGCCUCAGUGGUUGGGAACGACCUCUCGCUGCCAGCCGUGGUCAACGCCAUGGUUGGCAGCAAGAGAGCGUGGGAGGCGAUGGUCUCCUUCUGUGAGGACGUGGUGGCACAGAAGGAGGCUGCCGAACGGACCCGAGAGGACGACCCCCUCUCGGAUCCUAUCCGACGAAGGCGUACUGGGCGGAGAAGGGGGGUAUUUGCUCGCCAACUCUUGCCUAGUUAG